AUGAGUGAUGAUGGAAAGCAGCUGUACUGGGCGUGUUGGUCAUCAGAUCCACAAAAGGCGCUGCAGCUGGUGACCAGUUGGGACCAACAACGUAUACGAGAUGCUGCCCAAUACAAAGAUACGCAUGGCUAUACACCACUGCACGGGGCCUGCCAAAACGGUCAUGUCAAGGUGGUGGAGAUGCUGUUGAAGCACGGUGUUGAUGCUAAAGCCAAGACCAGGGGUGGUGAUACACCACUGCACUUGGCCUGCGGUAACGGUCAUGUCAAGGUGGUGGAGAUGCUGUUGAAGCACGGUGUUGAUGCUAAAGCCAAGGACAGGAGCACCCUGGGAGCGCGCCUCCGCACUGUGCUUGGGCCCAACCUUCCAGCCAGCCUGAUCUUGGAGGCCAUGACCGAAGUAGACCAGGGCUUGACGCUCUCCAGCCUGGGCCAGCUUGAUCUUCAUUACAACCAAAAUCACAAGGUCUACAAGGCCCGCGCCGCGCUACCAGAAUCUGAGGAACAAGAUUUGGCUGUGAAAGAGUACGCUUUUGCCCGGCAACACAAGCAGGACCAGUGCCGUACAUUCCUGCGCGAGCUUCGCGCCAUGCGCCAGCUUGAGCACCCACACAUCAUUCCGGUCCUUGGCGCGCUCGUGGACGUGCACAGUGGCCACCCCAGCGCCUACUUGGUGCAGCCGUGGUGUACACAGGGUGACUUGCAGCAGUGGCUCGGCAAGGCGCGGCAUCUGGCCACCUCGACCGUCGUUGCGAGUUUGAUGACGCAGCUGCGCAUGGCCCUGGCGUUUAUGCAUAGCAAGGGCCUGGUGCAUCGGGAUGUCAAGCUGAGCAAUGUGAUGCUGGACGGUGACGAGGACCAACCUGUUGUGCGGCUCGGCGAUUUCGACAUUACCAAGGCUGCCGCUGAAGCCACAAUGCUACCAUGCACGGCCACUGCAUCGUCAGGCACGACUGGCUAUGUAGCACCGGAGGUGCUAUUUGGAAUGGGUCGUGUAGGUGCACGACCGGCACAGGAUGCCUUUUCCUUUGGCUGCGUUCUCUACAACACGUACAUGUAUCCACAAACGGUGCCGCCUGCUCGUUUACCCACGGAUCAGCUUGUUGACAAAUGCACAUGGGAUGCAGGAGCAGAGAAUGCAAAUUUCGGUUUUACGCACUUGGCGACUGAGAUGUGCGAUUCGUCGAGUGAUUUGUACAAGGAAACGCGGGCUUUGCUUGCAACAGAUCCGAAGCAACGGCCAAGCCUUUUCAGCGCCCGGAACAUCGCGCAGCAGCCUGCCUUGGCCCAAGUCGGGCCAGCCAUUGAUGUCUUGCGCGACGCGCCCGAGCUCAUGUCAGAGGUGGGUGAGCUACUGAAGCAGCUGAACACCGAUGGACGGGAACCAGCGAAUAUUGCAGUGCAACGAGUGGAGCGCGUGCACAACCCCGUGCUGUGGGAGCGCUACAGCGUCAAGCGACGCGAAAUGUUGCAUCGCAUCAAAAGUCAGGAGCAGUGCACCCAGAUUCAAACGGCCACAUCAGAUGCGCCUUCGGGCUCUCCAGCGCUGCUUCGCGAUACAUCCUGUCAAGAGCGCCUGUUGCUCCACGGCAUCGCCCCUGACACAAUGUUGCGCGACAAGAUUGUGCGCCUGGGCCUUGACUAUCGCUUUGCCGGCAACAGUGCCGGCCACCGCUUUGGUCUCGGUGUUUACUUGGCGGACCAUCCCGGCAAGAGUCAUCAGUACGCCGGUGCCGGACCCAACGGCGAACGAAUGCUCGUCAUCACGCGAGCACUCCUGGGCCAUGCCCAUGUCCAUCCAUCGCCUCCUUCUGGGGCGCUGGCACCUCCGCUCCUGCCCAAUGCGCCCAACAACGAGCGGUAUGACUCGGUUGUCGCGACACCCUCUGGGCAGUUCCAUGAGGUGAUUGUGUUUGAGAAUGCCCAAAUCUAUCCGGAGCUGGUUGUAUACUACACGGCCAAAUAGGAUGAGCCGGACUAGGUGCUAGUUUGUUGUGAGCGGCAAAUCCUUUGUUCAGUUGCUUUUCCACACAAUCUGCGUUAUCGAUGAGGGGUCUUGCCACAGGAGCCCCUAUGGAGCUGACAUGACUUCAUUUCCUGACUAACAUACGCACCGAGACGUACUGAGCCGUGUCCUCCCUUUUGGGGGCACAUGCGUCGCCCGCGCGAGCUUCGUGUACCUUGCAAUGUCUUGGCAGACAGCCUUGUCUGAUAACCUUGUGUUCACCGUUAUUCGUUGUUUUUUGUUUGUUUGUUGUAACACCUCUUGGUCUGGUCACUGUGAAUGCUUGCCGACCGCAGCUGGUUCAAUUGACCUCGAGAAAUUUU